AUGGUCACUAAUCACCAAGUCCUCUUCGACAAGGUAACGCCCACCGGCCUGCCUAAACCGGGCGAGACCACCAAGCCUGGCUCGACCGAGCUCGACAUCGACAAUGUCCCCCUCAACGGUGGCAUCCUUACCCGCAACAUCGCCGUCUCCCUCGACCCUACCAUGCGCAACCGCAUGAAGGGUGACAUCGGCUACUUCUCGCCCCCCUACGUCGUCGGUCAACCCGUCACCGCCAUCGGUAUCGCAGAGGUCGUACGUUCUGAAGUCAACGGUUUCUCCGCUGGCGACAUCAUCUACGCCUGGUCCGUCGGGAUUGAGGAGUACACGAUCCACCCCGCAUCGGUUGCCCCGACCUUCCGCAAGUUUGACCCUACCCUGCUUAAGAACGGCUUGACCAUCACCACCUACCUGGGCGCCGCCGGUAUGGCAGGCAUGACCGCCUACAUGUCCAUCAAGGAGAUCAUCGGUGACUUGAAACCUGGCAACAAGAUGUUCGUCUCCGGUGCCGCCGGUGCGGUCGGUCAGCUCGUUGUACAAAUUUGUCAUCAAGCCGGCGUCAAGGUCAUCGCAUCUGCCGGUACUGAUGAGAAGUGCGCCUUCGUCCGUUCGCUCGGUGCUGACGAGACAAUCAACUACAAGACCGAAGACCUCCCUGCCAAGCUCAAAUCCUUCGCUGCCGACACUGGCAUCCACUACUACUUCGACAAUGUCGGUGGAGACCAGCUCGAAGCCUACAUCAACAACGCCGCUCGUUACGGUAUCAUCGUCGCCUGCGGUUACAUCUCUGGUUACAACGCCGACAAGCCCGAAGACGUCGUCUACCCCAAAAACCUUUUCAACAUCGUCACAAAGGAGCUCAAGUACCAGGGCUUCAUCGUUAGCUCCUUCAUCCCCAAGUGGAUCGGAAAGUUCAUGGAGGAGGUGCCCCAGAUGUUGGCAGACGGCAAGCUCAAGAACAAGGAGGAUGUCACGUUCGGUGUCUACGGUGCAGAGGAUGCAUUCUUGAGGUUGUUCACCGGCGACAACCAGGGUAAGGUGGCUGUGUUGAUCGACACAGAGAGGGCGGAGAAGUGGAACUUGAAGAAGCAGAUCGAGGGCGCAAAGGUGUGGAAAUAA